AUGUUAUUUCUUGUACUUUUAUAUAUUUUGUUACAAUGUGUUUCAAAAUUAAGAAAUGAAUUACCCGUAAAAUUGCAACAUGAUAAUUUCCAUUCAAGAACUUUAAUAGAAUAUGAACACUCAGAAAUAAAUAAUUCUAAAAAUGAAGAAUAUUCUAUAAUUAUAGAUAGAGAAUGGAAGAAGGAAUAUAAUGAAAAUAGAAGAUGUCUAUAUGAAAUUGAUAAGAAAUUAUUUUGGAAUUGGAAAAAGAUAUGUAUUAUGAAUAAUAUACAUUAUAAAUGGGAAACUGAAAGAUGGAACACUUGGAGGGAACUAAGAAACAAAAUGAUUCUAAAAAGAGAAGAAAAAAAUGAAAGAGAUUUAACAAAGUUUAAAAAUAAAAAUCCUAAUUCCAAUAAAAUCGAUCUUUUUAUUAGAAAAAAUAAAAAUUCGUUCAAACGAUUUUGUAAACAUAUAAUAAAAGAAUGGAAGAUUUUCUUGGAAAAGGCUUUAAAAGAUUGGAAUGAAUACAAGAAACAAAAUGCUACUCAUGGUCAACAGAAAAAAAGUGAUAAAAUAUUCAAAAAAUAUCUAAAAAAGUAUAAAACACAAAUUCAAAAAAUAAAAAAGGAAAAUUAA